UGUUUUGGCGCAGAUACAUUACUUCAAGUAGUCCACCCAGUAACGGAUAUCACAGCAGCCACAGGAGAUCAGACGAAUGUCUUAAGGCACACCUGAGCAGCGUAAACUUAAUUAGGCUGCGACCAUACACUCCGCAAAGACAGUCAAUACUACAAUGAAUCCGGGCGCUCUUUCUGUCCCUUUCUUAAUUUUUAUGUAAGAUGAUAUUCAUGUGGGUGCACUGCGCGGAAACCUACUCACUCGACCAGUGCUCCCACUCACUCACUCACGCUGCAAACCCAGCACUCAGUGUUCACUAUCACACGCACUGUGCGAGCCGGAGCGCUCCCCGUCUUUUCAUUCAUCCCGGUGAAGGCUGCUUCGCACUUUCUUCGUCUUCUCCUUUUUCUUCUCCUCUUCCUCACGCAGGAAUAGCUUACUUUUGUUUUUUGUUCUCCCUGCGCGGUGCCUUUUGGUCGGACUAGUAGUGGAUGAUAAUCAACAGAGCUGCGUUUCCUCCACGAUACUACGGACAGGAGAGGACACGCGCAUCACGACGGAGAGCAGCGCGAGGGAUUUUUUUUUUCUUCCUCCUUUCAUUUUUGGAGCGUGAUUUCCAGCAGUAACAACCAAACAAAAUAUCAGCUUUGAAGAGCAGCGUUACCACGGACGGCCCCACCUGCCGAAACUCCAGUCCCGAUUCGAGGGAUUUUUUUUAUUAUUAUUUCACUGCACAGGUGUGUUAAAGGAUUAAACAGACAGUUGGCGGAUGGUUGUCGGUUUCGUGGAGAGGAGUCGCUGCCUCUGCCUAAGUCUCAGAUGAAGAUGAAGUCUGCGGGCGUCGUGGAUGGAGGCUUGUUCACAGAGAGCUAUUGUAACAUCUGCAAUGCCCAGCUCAUCUCCGAGUCCCAGCGCACCGCUCACUAUGAGAGUAAGAAGCAUGCCAACAAGGUACGUCUGUUCUACAUGCUUCACCCUGAAGAUGGCGGACCACCUUCCAAGAGACUGAGGCCAGACAAUCCAGACUGUGCCGAGACAGAAGUGGACAGGAACAAGUGCUGUACCUUGUGUAACAUGUUCUUCACCUCCGCCAUUGUGGCCCAGUCCCACUACCAGGGCAAAACCCACGCCAAGAGAGUCCGCCUGGUGCUGGGGGAGCCGACCAACUUACCCACAGCCAUGACCAGCCCUACGAACGCAGAUUCCUCCCCUUCCACCCCGGUUCCCACGGACCCUACUGCAUGCACCCCUGCCACCCCAGCCCUUCCCUGGCCGGUGACGGUGGUCGGUGGAAACGGUGGAAGAGAGGCGGGGAAAUACUGCUGCCUGUGUGGAGCCUGGUUCAACAACCCGCUGAUGGCUCAGCAGCACUACGAGGGCAAGAAACACCGCAGGAACGCAGCCAGGGCACGCCUACUGGAGCAGCUAGCGGGCAGUCUGGAUGCCACGGAGAGCACAGGGCUGCGCAGUAGUUACUCCUGCAGUGUCUGCAGUGUGGUCCUCAACUCCAUCGAGCAGUACCAUGCACACCUCCAGGGCUCCAAGCACCAGAACAAUUUUACGGAAACGAGGAAGCGGAAAAGAGGCCAGACGCUGAAAGAGUCAUCUUUAUGAGAGAGGAAAAGAGGCCUGAAGCAACACCAGCAGUAAGCCACGGAGACAGGCCACACUGGAAGGAAGAAGAAGAAGAAGAGAUUACUGGAAUAAACAACUUCAGAAAAGAGGACUUGUGUCAAAAACUGAAGAGUAUGAGAGUAGUAGAGCAGAGUAACUUCAGUGUGAGAGAGUGUGUGUGUGUGUGUGUGUGUGUGUGUCUGGGUGUCAUGGACACUCACGCACGCCUCUGCAGUAUGCAUGUGAGGGCCAUUAUGCGUGUGUUUAUUUCUAUGUGAUCUAAAAAUGUAUCACUGAGAUUUAUUCAGCACCUAAGUGUUUGAUAUGAGUUCUCGACACCGACGGCCGUUAGAAGACUUGCGGCUGCCUAUUGCCAUAAAGCUCCUGUGUGAACCACAAUCCUAAAACUGAACUGAUGUCAGUGCGUUGCCCUGAGAGGUAAUAAUCGUCACAAUGAUCGUCAUAAAGCAGCAGUAAUAAUAACUGUGUAACAAGCUGUCCCCCAAGUGCUCUGAUAGUGAUCCAUGUCUGAACACAGCUGUCUGUUUCUACAUGCAUUUCACACACAGUGACACUGAUGGUGGCACACGCAUGGUUCACUUUCAAACCACUUGAAACCUUCUCAGGCCCAGACUUUCGAAUCCAAGGUCAAGAAAACUCCCAACAACCUCAGCCAUUACAGUCUGCAUAACUUAAAAAAAACAAAAAAAAACAAUGGCAUUUUUGGUUUGAAUCUUGUGUCUAUAAAGUGUAGUGGAUCUGUGUCACUUUUUUCAAUUGGUGGAUGUGUCAUUUUGAAACUCUUUUCAUAUAUUCCAUAUAAUCAAAAGAUGGAGACGUGGCAUGGAUACGAGACAGAAGGCAGUGCAGAGAAGCAGCACAAAGACAUUUAAACUCCUGCUCUGAAGCGAGGGUCCGAGCUGAACUUUGAGAAUCAUCUGCUGUUGAAAACAUUCCCACAGUGCUGAAUACUGAUGUCAGAUGCAGUCCAGAGGUGACAAAAACUCUCUUCUCUGUUGAGAUGUAGAUAAUUUUUUUUCUGUUGCUGUCACCAGAGGAAAAAAAUAAUAAAUCUUCCCAGUCCAUGUAGCAAUCAAUGUACAAUACAACUGGGAUGUAAGUCAAUGCAUGCAAAAUGUAAAACGUUGCAUUCACUUGCCUUUUUCAAACCUAUUGCUUGCGCGUUUUGGCAAUAGCGCUGCUUUUUAGUGAUAGCUUCGUAAUGCAUUACUGCACAUGCUUGUACCUGAAAGAGGUCACCUUUUAGUACUGAACGGCCUUCUUUCCGACAUCUGAUUUAUUCACCAAAAAGGGGAAAACCUUUUUAUACCCAGAAAUUAGACCAGUCACCGCUGUAUAACCCUCCUCAUCUGUAGUGUCUUCAGAGUGUCUGUAAAGUGAGUUUCAACAAUGUACCGUAGCAUCAUAAGAUGGGUGAACAAAAGAGUUGGCCCGGAGCAGCAUUUCUCUUUAAGCUGGGGAAACGACUGAAAAGCACAGCACUCAAUGCUAAGCCGUCUUCUGUUAGUUCUGGUUGGUUCGAGCUCUUGUUUUUGUGAGUAAACACAUUACAAAAAAAUAAUUAUUUUGUGCUUUGUUCUUUGCGUGGUGAAGAGAGUGAACUGCGAAUGACACGAUUAAAAAUACGUCUGCAGACAUAUGGAUGACUAAUGAUUUUAUGCAAUCGCACUGUAAUAAUAACCAUACAAUUUGUGUUUGUGAAAUUGUUUAAUGAAGCAAAAAAAAAAAAAAAAGUGGUUUGUGUAAAUAAGUAAAGUUGGUGUUUCAAGUUUUGUAUCCACAGUUUCAAACUGCACUGAGCUACAGGGUGAUGAACAAAAGAUGUUCCUGGUGGAUAAUACUAAAAAACUGCAAAUAUGAUGACGAUGAAAUGAGAAUAAAACGUCUUUUGGUUGGUCCUGUUUUUGAAUGGAUAACCAUCUGUGAAAAUAAAGUCAUCCUGAGCCGAGGAUUCAGCCACGACGGGUCAAAAAUCCAGCAGAUGGAAGACGGCGAGCGAUCACGCUCACUAGGAGGGAUUUUAAUAACAUCUAACAGCUUUAUGAGGACAAUCGCAAUCAUCCCCUCUGAGAAACAUCUGAUAUGACCGCUUUACCAGUGGAUACAUUUAAAAAAAGCCAAAACGAUGCAGGACGACGCACUGUUGUAUAGCUAAUGUCAUAAGGAAAACACAAAGAGAACAGAAGAGACAUCUUUUGUUACGCAUCAUGACUGUUAUGAUGACUAUUUACACCGACCAGCACUGGUGUAUUCAAAACAGAAGAGGUGUCUAUGCCUGCAGAGGACGACUGUGCCACGAGUCACAUAUUUCAGCAGAUGUUAUAUAAUAUAUGUCAGAGAUGUAUCUAUGGGCAGGAAUCCUGUGAUACGAUGCUCACGAGUGGGUGUUUGUGUAUGUGAAGCC